AAAAUAUUAAUUGAAUACCAAACGUGUUAAAAAUAAAAAACACUAAAAACUAAAUAUAAUUUAUCUAAAAUAUAAAAUUAUUUAAAAUAAAAUCUACACAUUAAAAUGAAUCAAAAAAUAUUUGUCGUUUUAAUUUCAUUAGCGAUAAUCGCUUUGUGUUGCCGUCCCAUGCAAUGUAAACCCUUGGAUAUAAAUAGCAAAGAAGAUAUCUACAGUGAUGAUGGUUAUCAUGGAAAUUUGGAUAAAAAGACAAUAGAACAAUUGCGUCAGUGUGAUAUGGAUUUGGAAACAAUGGAAUUGUGUAUGCGCUGUGCAAAAAUAACAAAAUCUACGAUAGUCUAUCCCUUGUGUUGUGCUAAUGAGGAUAAAAUUAAAGAUUGGUGUCAUGAUUAUGUUUUCUUUGGAGCGCUAUAAACAUAAUGAAAUUAACUUUUAAGAUUAAUCAAGUCCUCAUCUCUCACACACACUUCCCCAUAAACACACACGCAACAAACAUACUCCCACAUUUUAGAGAAGCUGACGAACAAAUCUUACUUUAAUUCUAAGUUAUUCAAUUGGCUGUGAUAAAAACAAAAACAAAUUAUUUAAUUAAUUAACUUUUAAGGAAAUUUAUAACCAUUUUAGAAAGAUAGAAACAAAACCUACACCAUGUGAACACGAUCAUUUUAUUAUUUAUAUUGAAUGCAUUUCUAUGCAUAUUCAUAUUCACCUUAAUAAAAACAAGUUGUUCUUUCAUAUUUUUUAUUUCAUUUAAAAUAUUUAUUUUAU